AUGUACAAUCCCUACGCACAGCCAGAGCAGAACGCGGGUUCUUUGGAUCCUAACGGUGUUUACCCUACUCCGUUUGUUUCCUCUAAACAACCUUUUCUUUCUCAGAGUCGACAGCAACAGCAACAGCAACAUCAACAACAACAACAACAGCAACAUGGUGUAGGCCGUGCUGGAACAGGAACACCCACUCAGUUGAAUUUCAAUAACAUUAUGAACGAUUCUACCGCACAGAUGGGACUCCAUUUCGGCCAAACAGCAUUCAAUGCAUCUCAGCAGUACAUGCAACAGAACUUGAAGCUACUAGUUAGCGACGAGAACAUCAAAUACUACUUCAAAGUGUCGAAUUCGUACGUUCUUCAAAAACUCUUGCUGAUUCUAGUUCCAUAUAGAAACAAGACUUGGAUAAGGCAGUUCAGAUCGACCACAGAUGCCCAGGGUAAUGCUGUAGAAAUCUACGCAACACCGAGAGAUGAUAUCAAUGCUCCUGAUUUGUAUAUACCGUCAAUGGCUCUAGUAACGUACAUUCUUCUUUGGGCAGUCUUCUCGGGUUUCCAUGGUGACUUUCAUCCUCAAUUGUUGGGCUACGCACUAACUAGAACGUUGGCCUUUUACUUAAUGGACGUUUUACUUUUGAAAUUGUCAUUUUAUACCUUGGCAAUCAAUUCAAAAAACAGCAAGAUAUGGGACUUGGUUAGUUACAGCGGUUACAAGUUCGUCACUACUUUGUUAUUGAUGAUCUUCAAAAACACUGUCAAUUCUUAUCUCAUAGUGAUUGUGUUUUUCCUAGUGUUGGUGUUUUCUUUAGGAUUCUUUCUUAUGAGAUCUCUUAGAUACGUGGUUCUACCUGGUGGCUUGGAAAGUGGAACUGUUUCUGCUGCAAGUAAAAGGCUCAGAACCCAGUUCUUGUUUAUCUACUCCUUCGUUCUUCAGGCAGUGAUGGUCUGGUUGAUGGCUUAA